CUUAUUAUUAUGGUCUGCAGCAAUCCCAAGGGACCUGGUGCAUUGUUUCUUCAAGUUGUGAACUGAGCAGUGAAUAUAUCCGGAGUCAUUCGCGUCGAAAUUUCGGUUCUCAUGUGUGACUUCUACUGACCUGUCUUGCAGUAUGGCUUGGGAAUUUGAAGGAGAGCGCAGAUUGAGAAAGCAGAACCGGAGGAAUUACAACUACGAUGCGGAUGAUGUUAUUGAAGGGAAACGCACAUUUAGCGUGGAAGAAAAGCUAAACAGUACAAAAUUUGCCGAGGGAGAUUUCGUGAAGCGUCUCAGCGGAGAUGAAUUUACCCUAAAGUUUAUUCAAGAAAAUGGCUUUACCUCACCGGUUGUAAUUAAAAGCCCCGACGGACUAGAUAUGCGGGUUCCUCGGGAAGACUUUAGUGUUGAAGAUGUAAAGAAUUUUGUUGGAGCUCGGCGAAUGGUGGAUGUCAUUGAUGUGAACACACAGCAAGCCCUAGAAAUGACUUUACAACAGUGGGUAAAGUAUUUCACAAGUGAGGACCGAGAGGAAAUUUACAAUGUAAUAAGCUUGGAAUUUAGUCAUACCAAACUGGAGGACUUGGUGGAACCGCCAGAAGUGAUUCGAACAAUGGACUGGGUCAAUGUAGUUUGGCCGCAACAUCUUAUUGACCAACAGCGAGAUUCCACCAACUCCUUGGCGGACAUGAAGUAUCCGAAAGUCAGAAAAUACGUUUUGAUGAGCGUAGGAGGCUGUUACACUGACUUUCACAUCGACUUUGGUGGCACAUCUGUGUGGUACCACAUCAUGAGGGGAAAAAAGGUUUUCUGGCUGAUUCCACCCACCGAAAAGAAUCUCCAUUUGUACGAGCAGUGGGUUUUGUCCGGAAAACAACAGAAUGUUUUCUUUGGCGAUCAAGUCGAAAAGUGCUGCCGCACUUACUUGGAAAAAGGCGAUACAUUCUUGAUUCCUUCAGGCUGGAUCCAUGCUGUGUUUACUCCCGAAGACUCGCUUGUGUUUGGUGGAAAUUUCGUACACAGUUUUAACAUUCCAAGACAAAUUAAAAUCAGUGAGAUCGAGGACAAUACUAAGGUCCCUCUCAAGUUUCGUUAUCCAUUUUUGGCGCAGAUCAUGUGGUACGCCGCUGACAAGUAUGUUCGACUGCUGGAGCGAAAUAACAAAGAACUAGGUUUAAAGCCGACACCAAAAGCAGAUCAAAACAAACAGGAUACGGCCACAGCUAAGAAAAGAGACGCUGGUGUUACCCCGAAAGGAAAACAAGCAAGCAAACGAUCCGCUAGAAGUGAUGUACUAGAAGACGAUGAGAAAACCAGUGCUUCUAUACAAGAAGAAAACAAGGAGGACGAUAAAACAGACACACCCGGGCGAAGACGGUCCAGUCGAGUUGCACGAAACGAGGCCAUCGCGCGACAAGCUCAGGAGAAUGCAGAGAAGGGAAGCGCUGUUAAAACCGGUAACAAAGUUAAAGAAGAAAAAACGGACACGGAAGAACUUAGCAGAAAGAAGGGAACUCCUAAGAAACAAAGCAAAGGAAACGAAGCCAAGGUGGAGGUAAAUGGCGAAAAUCACGAUGAAGGCGACAACGAUGAAGCUGUGAAUUCAUCUGAAACGAAUGAAGAAGAAGACAAGACACCGUGGCGUGCAGUGUAUCUAACUCGAUUUGAGGUUGAUGGGUUAACUGCGUUGAUAGAGAGGCUCCGAGAAUGGCCUCACGCCAAAAAGAACGUUCCUUCAGAAAUAGAAGAUCCUUACGGACUUUUGGAGAGAUUAGAGGAACUCCUUGAACAGCAUCGGGAAGAUGAUCCUAAGCUAGCAGCUUCUGGGUUGCAGCAUCUGUUACAGAUCGACAAACCAAUACAGAAGAAACCAGUACCCAGGAAAACGGGUCCAAGAGGACCAAUGCUUGGUACAAAGGUUGGCCCAGGAAUCAGACGCCGGCGCACUCGAUGUGGGCAGUGUGAAAAUUGCCAACGAGAGGACUGUGGCGAGUGCCGAACCUGUAAAGAUAUGAAGAAGUUUGGCGGGGCGGGAAGAAUGAAACAGUCUUGCCUAAUGCGAGCAUGCAUAGAUCCCAACCUGCCUACUUGUGUGCGAUGUUUGGUGUGUAACAAGGUCAAUACAGACGAGAACCCGCUGAUGGAGUGUCGCUUCUGCGGAGAGAUUGUUCACCCAUCUUGCCUGACUGACAAUAAAGGGCGCUGUAAGAUGAUCACUGAGAUCAACAACUGUUGGGAGUGUCCUAAGUGCUGUAAAGAUGCCACGGCGCCUUCCCUUGAGGAACUCCCUAAUACACCUUCAAAGAAACGCAAGGCAAGUCCAGUGAAGGAACCUUCUAAAAAGAUCAAACAAGGUCGUUACGUUGGGAGUGACAAAGACUCGAAGAACAAAAUGGAGAUCGAGUCCUCAGACGACGAAAGUGACGUAUCUUCUCCUGCUGUCGAUGAUGAAGUGGCUACUUCACGUACGCGCCGUCCUGUUGUAGUGCCCAAACCUCCACCUGGUCCUCCGCCGGAAGUUCACCCUAAGCGCGUAGUUCGUCCCUGUCCAGUUUCUCCUCCUCCCCAGUCUUUCCCUUUGGAGAACGACCAGAGUCACGCCAUGGAUCGUCAGCUAUGGCUGUCAGUAUUUAGCUUUCUCUCGCAACCUGAGCUUUGUGUGUGCAUGCGCGUGUGUCGUACGUGGAACCGCUGGUGUAUGGACCGCCGUCUAUGGUCUGUGAUUGACCUUUCAGAAAAGAGAGCCGUUACUCCUUCUGCUCUUAAGGGGAUUGUGCGGCGCCAACCCACAACACUUAAUCUGAGCUGGACAAACGUCACUUUUAAACAACUGCAAUGGCUCUUGAACCGUCUCCCGAGAAUACGGGAACUUUAUCUGAGUGGUACAACAGAGGCUACUGUGUACGCGCUCCCAACUGUCACCUGCCCUCGGUUGAAAGUCCUGGGGUUAAGCUGGUCCAUGGGAAUCACUGACUCGCUGAUGAAAGAACUUCUGGUACCUGAUUCUGACUCCCGCGCGGGGACUGGGGAGAACAAAAGCCCGCUAAGUAGAUUAUCCACGCUAUUUCUUUCCGGUAGUGACGUCACGGGAUCGACUCUUCGCUUGCUUGUUCAACACUGCCCUGACUUACGGAAACUGGAUUUGAGUUUCUGUCCUGGAAUAACUGAUCAAGACAUUGAAAGCGUGUGCGGCCAAGCCUCGAUCAACGAGUUUCUUCUGAGUGGCUGUGCUAAGCUCUCUGACAAAUGCUUGUCUUUUUUGAAGCUUUUUCCGUCGCUUAUUCGCCUUGACCUACGGUCUUGCACUGGUGUCACUUCCGACGCUGUCCAAGAAUUUGUGAAAACUCGCAAGGAUUUGCUGAAGAUAUUGGAAGGAAAGCUUAUUGUAAAUAUGUAACUGUGGCUGCCUGUCUUAUACGUUGCUGCGGCAUAGCUGUUUUUCAGCUAAGAGGGGAUUAGGUAGAAGCGAGUUAAUCUCACCUUCACAGGCCUUAAUCUUAGGCAAUGACUCUCAAGUGUCUUUUUUUAGAUUUAGUGUCCAGCUCUCCCGCGGAUCAUGUUACCACGCGGCGUGCGUUGCGCUGAUGUUUUCGUGGAGGAGGAAAAUCGUGUCGCUUGGGCUGUCCAUGAGAUUAAAAUUAGCGUUACGAGAUUAGCUAUCUUUAGACCCUCCCGGAAUAUAGUGAUCUAAAAUUAACUUGAGAGGGAUUGCCUUGGCAUGGUAGCAAGGCGUUAAUGGAGGAUUAACUCUCUUACCUUCAUCCUCUCUCGCUGUUCUGCGUUAAUGUGGCAUAUUGUUUCAACCAAAUGGAGGCAAAAAUUUCAAGUCCAAUUUUUUUAGAAGUCCAUAUACACCCCGCUCAUUCGUACACU